GCCUGUGACGAUUUCCCCUUUCCGGCGGCGAGGCUGGGCAGGCGGAGAGCGCCGAGCGCCGAGCGAGCUCGGGGCCGCCGCCGGUGACGGCUGGGGCCGGAGGAGGGAUGAGCUUGGCCGGGGGCCGAGCACCCCGGAAGACCGCAGGGAAUCGAUUGUCUGGGCUCUUGGAGGCGGAGGAGGAAGAUGAGUUCUACCAGACCACUUAUGGGGGGUUCACAGAGGAAUCUGGUGAUGAUGAAUAUCAGGGGGACCAGUCAGACACAGAGGAUGAAGUUGACUCUGAUUUUGACAUUGACGAGGGAGAUGAGCCAGCAAGUGACGGGGAUGGAGAUGAACCAAGAAGAAAGCGUCGUGUAGUCACCAAGGCCUAUAAGGAGCCUAUCAAGAGCUUGAGGCCUCGAAAAGUAAGCACCCCAGCUGGCAGCUCCCAGAAGGCACGGGAGGAGAAGACGCUGUUACCCCUGGAACUGCAGGAUGAUGGCAUUGACAGCCGGAAGUCCAUGCGCCAGUCAACUGCUGAGCACACUCGCCAGACAUUCCUUCGGGUUCAGGAGCGGCAGGGCCAGUCACGGCGCCGGAAGGGUCCUCACUGUGAGCGACCGCUGACACAAGAGGAACUGCUCAGGGAAGCAAAGAUCACAGAGGAGCUCAACCUUCGUUCCCUUGAGAACUAUGAGCGUCUAGAGGCAGAUAAGAAGAAGCAGGUUCACAAGAAGCGCAAAUGCCCAGGGCCCGUGAUCACCUACCACUCCAUGACAGUGCCCCUGCUGGCUGAGCCGGGACCCAAGGAGGAGAAUGUGGAUGUGGAGGGGCUUGAGCCACCACCUCUGGUGUCCACAGUGGCUCCUCACUCUGGAACGGGGCCGGUAAUCCCCCCUCCCCGGUGCUCACGUACUUUCAUCACCUUCAGCGAUGAUGCAACAUUUGAGGAGUGUUUUCCCAGGGGAAAACCCCCCAAGAUCCCUGUGCGUGAGGUCUGUCCUGUGACCCACCGUCCAGCCCUGUACCGAGAUCCUGUCACAGACAUUCCUUACGCCACAGCGAGAGCCUUCAAGAUCAUCCGGGAAGCGUACAAGAAGUACAUCACGGCCCAUGGACUUCCACCUGCUGCUUCUGCCCUGGGCCCCGGCCCACCACCUCCAGAGCCCCUUCCUGGGCCAGGGCCCCGGGCUCUCCGCCAGAAAAUCAUAAUCAAAUGAAAGCAUGGCUGGUCCUCAGAGAUUCCUCCUUUGCCCUUUGUCACCCGGACCUUACUGACCUCACCUCCCUGCCUCCCCUCUAUCUGUCUCUUGCCCUCAUACCUAUCUCGAACACCUUGUUCUUCCCUCUAUCCCCAAAGUGACCUGCCCAUGUCCCGUGUGUAUUUUUUAAUCUAAUAAAAAUAGGAAAACUCC